AUGGCUCGUACUCGUAGAUCAAGAAACGUGAAUCGAAACCCCAAACGGAAGCUAUACAGUGCUGAGGCUUUGGAAAACGCAGUUUCCGAAGCACGCAGGACAGGUAAGCUGCGCAAGGCGGCAAAACUCUAUGAUAUUCCGUAUGCAACGGUUUAUCGCUACCUUAAGCAUCCUCCAAGGAAUGACAGACCUGGACCCUCGACCUUACUGCGACCAGAAGAAGAAGCUCGUUUCGAACAGUGGGCGCUUUACAUGGCCCGAGCCGGAUUUCCGAUAAGCGAGGCUGAUUUGACAUACACUGUGAAAGACUACGCCGCAAAAAAUCGUGAGACGCGUGAUUUACCUGCUUCUUUUCCAAGUAAGAAUUGGGUUCGCCGUUUUUUGCAAAGACAUCCAUCAAUCAAAAAAAAGUUUACCACAAAUCUGUCAAGAUCGGGAGCUAAUGUAACCGAGAAUAUCUUGCGAAUGUGGUUUUCGGAAAUUGAAGACAUUUUCGAGGAAGAGGGUAUAGACAUGUCAAUCUUUAAUUCCCCAAGUCGAAUAUUUAACUUCGACGAGUCCGGAUUUAGGCUGGUACCAAAAUCAUUCAAGGCCCUUUGCGAUAAUAACACUGAAAACACCUACAUCGUUAAUAACAAUUCCGAUAAAGAGAGCUAUACUAGUCUUUUCGGAGCCAACGCAGCUGGUGAGCUGACUCCGCCUAUGAUUCUUUUUCCGGGACAAAGAAUCAGUCGGGAAAUCGCGGAAAGCAUUCCCAAAGGCUGGUCAGUAGGUGUUUCCGAAGAAGGAUGGCAGACAUCUAAAACCUUCUACGAAUACAUGGUUAAUGAUUAUUAUAAUUGGUUGCUAAAGUCUAAAAUUGAGCUUCCAGUAGUUGUUUUUCUGGAUGGCCAUAAGAGCCACAUCAGUAUAGAGUUGAUGGAGUUCUGCAAACAACAUCAGAUAAUACUGGCUUCUCUCUACCCCAAUUCCACAAGAAUUCUCCAACCAUUGGAUCGAUCGUUCUUUGGCCCUUUCAAGAAUAUUUGGAACAAGGUUCUAAAGAAAUUUCAACUGGGUAGUGAUUCUGCAAGACAAUCUGAAAGUGUUACUUUGGAAUUUGUUGUAAACGACAACGGCGAAUGUUCCUGUCUAUCGAACACAGACCAUGCAGAAAAAGCUGGUGAUGCGAGCAAUUCAAUACACGACAGUGGUGAUUGUCUUGUUGAACCUGAAGCUUCUAGCGCCCACUCAGAUUCUCUAAAUCCUGCCUCAAAAGACAAUUUGAUGGAAAAUGUUACAGUGGAGACUACAGGUGCAUCCGAUACAAAUCCUAAAGAUCCCUUUGAGGAAGUCCUAGUUUGGCCGAGAAUUCGCACUGAUGUUCCAAAUCAACGCAAACGUCGUGGACAAGAACAUGUGCCCUCUGUUUCAACCAGUGACAGGUGGCUGCAGUGGUUUGAAAAAAAGGACAUGGAAAAGAAAGAAAUCGAAGACGCCAAGAAAGCAAGGAUCGCGGAGCGAAAAAACAAGAAAAAACAGAGGGAUGAGGAAAAGCUUCUGAAGGCCUCUCUUAAGAAGAACCAACAGAGAAAAGGUCGAGGAAAAGCUAAGCAAAAAGUGGCCCGUUCCGACAAAGUCGCUAAUGUAAGUUUUUUCGCACCACCACCACCACCACCACCACCACCGUCACCGCCUCCGUCACGGUUGUGA